CUCCGUGGUGGUGUGUCUUUCCCUCAGAGCAAAAGCAGUCCUUGGCGGGAGGAGGAGGGGGGGAGAGCGGAGGGGCUCGAGCGCAAGCUGUUGCCUUGCCUUUCGGGGAUCCGCCGCCAGUCUCGCGAAGGGAGUGGAGCGCGCGCCCGCCCGCCCGGACUGAGCGACCCAUCGGCUGCGGGGCAAGGGUGCGUGGGGCUGCGCCGUGCAGAGGUGGCGGAGAAAGGGCGGUGCGUUGUCCCGACAGCGCUGUCGACGAGGUUCAUUGUCGCCGGGGCUGAGCGAGGGACAGCAAUACCACACAUCAUGAGGGCAGAAAAAGAGACACAAGGAAAAAGCCAUCUGCACCAGUGUAGAAGCCUGAACAACUAUUUCAUGAUGAACAUAGAUGAUGAAGAAAAUAUGAGUUCAGGCAGCACUGAUAUUAAAGAGAACCGCAACAUGGACAACAUUCCACCUAAAGAUGGGACUCUGCAAGGUGCUGGGGAGGGGAAUCAGCUCCCUAAUGGUGGAGGCACUAGCAGCAGGAAGCGGCUGUUGGACGAGGGAAGUAAUGGCCAUUCCAAGUUCCGCCCAAAGAAGAAAAAGAAAACUCCAGGUCCAGUGCUGCCCAAGAAUGCCCUGAUGCAGCUGAAUGAAAUCAAGCCUGGCUUACAGUACAAGCUCAUCUCCCAAACCGGACCAGUUCAUGCUCCAAUUUUUGUGAUGGCGGUAGAAGUUAAUGGGCAGCUCUUUGAAGGGUCUGGCCCCACCAAAAAGAAAGCGAAACUCCAUGCAGCUGAGAAAGCUCUGAGGUCCUUUGUUCAAUUUCCUAACGCCUCAGAAGCUCAUCUAGCAAUGGGUAGAACUCUUUCAAUAAACACAGACUUUACUUCUGACCAGGCCGAUUUCUCAGACACCCUCUUCAAUGGGUUUGAAAAUCCAGUUCAGUCUGACCAUUCCUUUUACUUGGAAUCCAAUGGAGAUGGUUCCUUUACCUCUAGUGCAGAUUUCAGCCUCUCAUCCGUUGUGACCAGUAGUUUUAUCCAGUCAUCUCUCCCUACCCCAUCACCAUACGCAUCAACCAGUGGGAAGAAUCCAGUGAUGAUACUAAAUGAACUUCGACCAGGGUUAAAGUAUGAAUUUAUUUCAGAAAGUGGAGAGAGUCACGCCAAGAAUUUUGUAAUGGCUGUGUCAGUGGAUGGCCAAACGUUUGAAGGAUCUGGACGGAACAAAAAACUGGCAAAGGCUCGGGCAGCUCAGUCAGCUCUCGCAUCUUUGUUUAAUUUGCAGCUGGACCAAACACCAUCUCACCAACCUAUUCCUAGCGAGGGCCUCCAGUUACACUUGCCACAGGUUUUAGCUGAUGCUGUUGCACGCUUGGUCGUAGAGAAAUUCAGCGAUUUGACAGAUAACUUUACAUCACCUCAUGCACGUAGAAAAGUGCUCGCCGGUAUUGUCAUGACAACAGGUACUGAUGUGAAAGACGCUCAGGUUAUAAGUGUUUCCACAGGAACAAAAUGUAUUAAUGGAGAAUAUAUGAGUGACCGUGGUCUUGCUUUGAAUGAUUGCCAUGCAGAAAUUAUAGCUAGGAGAUGCCUACUUAAAUUUCUUUAUACACAACUUGAACUACAUUUAAGCAAUAAGGAAGACCAGCAAAAAUCUAUUUUUAUCAAGUCAGAACAAGGUGGCUUUAAAUUGGAUGAAAAUGUGCAGUUUCAUCUCUAUAUUAGCACUUCUCCUUGUGGUGAUGCUCGGAUUUUUUCACCACAUGAAGCUGCCCAGGAAGAUCAAGGAGAUAGACACCCAAACCGGAAAGCAAGAGGUCAGCUACGGACAAAAAUUGAAUCUGGAGAAGGAACAAUCCCUGUCCGUUCUACAACUACGAUCCAGACAUGGGAUGGAGUUCUUCAGGGAGAGAGGUUACUUACUAUGUCUUGCAGUGAUAAGAUAGCUAGGUGGAAUGUACUUGGUAUUCAAGGAGCUUUACUUAGUCUCUUUGUAGAGCCAAUAUACCUCUCAAGCAUUAUCUUGGGAAGUUUGUAUCAUGGAGACCAUUUGUCCAGGGCAGCAUACCAGCGGAUAGCAGAGAUUGAAGAUCUGCCAUCUCUCUAUGUACUUAACAGACCUUUACUCAGUGGUAUUAGCAAUGCUGAAGCCCGUCAACCAGGAAAAGCACCUAAUUUCAGUGUGAACUGGACAGUUGGGGAUGCUGGGCUGGAAGUCAUUAAUGCUACAACAGGCAAGGAUGAGCUUGGUCGUGCAUCCCGUCUUUGUAAGCAUGCACUAUAUACUCGCUGGAUGCGUGUUUAUACAAAGCUUCCUGCCAGUCUUCAUUCAAAAGUCAAUAAGCCAAAUAUCUAUCAUGAAACAAAACAGGUAGCUGCGGAAUAUCAAACUGCCAAAGAGUGUUUGUUUAAGGCAUUUCUGAAGGCUGGCCUUGGGGCCUGGGUGGAGAAGCCUAUAGAGCAAGAUCAGUUUUCCCUGGUUGUCUGAAUGAUGGUUUGCACUUCGUGGGACUCUGAUGAACGGUCCAGUUUCUGUGUCAACAUUUCAUCUGUUCAUCUAUAACAGCAGCUUUUUAACUUUUGUGAUUUGGGGAACUAACUUGUGAUUAAUUAGUUUUGGUUUUGUUGAGUUAAUUCAAACUAAGGAAAAACUGAUAAUAUAGUAACUAGUUUGGAAUCAAAACAAAAUUAUUUGAUUACUAUCUCAAGACUAACUUUUCAGGAAAAAAAAACUUGGUGCAAUUUUUUCAAUAAUUCAUCCACACUUUUUAACAAUUAUUUUAAUGUCAGAUGCGUAUGUAAUGCACGUGGGAUAGGAUUUUUACAUGCCACUCAAGUAUGUACUUUUACUUUGUGUUCUAUUUUCAGAGCCUUAGGAAAAAAAAGAAAAAUUAUGCACAUUUAGAGUUUUAUUUUUAAAUUGAUCAAUAUCAUAGCAAUGAUAGAAAUUACAAAACUGGACUGGUGUUUAGACAGUUUUUCCUGCUUCUGUCCCCACCCUUAAAACACAGCUGCUGAAAAUCUUUGUCUUUGCUGUGUGUAUGUGAUAGUUUUUAACAUGCUACUUUCUAUUCCAUUUUAAAAUACUUGUCUUCAAUUAGCAUUUAUAUACAUUGUGACGUUAUUGGUUUUUACCAUUGUAAACUGGAAACUGUUUGUAAACUAAUACAGUAUAGACUUCAGCUUAGAUAUAGGUGGUUCUUCGUUUCACAGGAACCUUCUAAAUUACCACAGUAACAUUUAUCAAUGUGGUGGCCAUUUCAGAAUACUUUUUCCUUUGUGAGAAACCUGCUGAUUUGCCAAAAACCUACUGCACAUGCGCACCACAACAGUUAAACAAGUGAAAGGUUAUUCUAAGUUAAAUUAUAUGCUCUUUAAAGAUUUAACUUAUUUUCAGCCAAAUUGUAUAUAACUAUGAAGUUAUGCUGCCUGUGACUGUAAACAUGUGGAUAUAAAACUACCUAUCCAGAUUAUUCUGCAAUGUAGUUUUGUUUGAGCUAAUAUAAUAGGAAUAAACGUUGAACACCUAUUUAUUUAUGAAGUACCCAAUCCAUAAGCAUGUUUGUAUGUGUCUGGAUCUCUGAAAGACAGCAAUAUUUGCAGAGGGAAUAGUACGUAUGCUGAGCAUAGGUCUUCAGAUUCCCUAGAGGAUCCUCUGCUUAACAAUCAGGGUGAGUGUGCUGCACUGACUAUUAGCUGCAAAGGCUUACCCUGAAAUGCAGUGUGUAUAUGUCCCCUGCUGAGCUAACUAAUCCAUCAAGCCAUCUCUUUUACCCAGUUUCCGUGUUUCACACAGCAUUUACUCCGUUUAUUGAUUGAUACCUCACCUCUAGCUUUAUCUCAAUUAGAGGAAGUAGUUAUAAACAUGAAAUUGUGCUAGAAUUUUAUUUCAGUAAUAAAGAAAUCUAACUUUAGAGCUAAAACAAAAUUAAUAGCAAUGAAAUAAACAUUAGAGUUUGGUCCUUUCAAUUCCAUUCUGGCAAAGUAUGUUAUGUAGAUUUAGCACUGUUAAUUCUGACUGUUCUUCAGUUUGAAAAGAAAUAAUGGUAACAUGUUUUGUUAAAUAAAUGCCAGGAAUUUCGGGUGAUAUUCAUAUUGAAGAUUUCACAUCAGCUAUAGGUAUUUUUCAAUGUCUGUGUAAGGAGAUGUAAUAGA